AUCAAAUUGUAACGCCAUAUUUGAAGGACAGUGCAAUUGUUUCAAGAUGACAUUGCUCGAAUUGACCGCGCAAGUCGUCGGGCAAUCUUGCGACGUCGAGGACAUCCUGUCAUGCAUCCCGUUCCUCUCCAAGGAAGCUUCCACGCGAAUAUGGCGCCACAUGAAGCCGGCUCGCUUGAGGGACCUGGAGAUCCUCGUUAUGAACGCGGCGCCAGAUACUGCGGUGCUGGACGAGUUCGAGCAGCAAUGGGAAGCAUGGACAGUCGCCGACGCGAGUGUCGUGUUCGACGGCCACGAGUCUAGCCGGUACUUUGGCAAUGAGGGUGUGUUCAUUGGUAGCUCGAGUUUGGUGCCGCCGAGACCGUUCCGCGCGUUGUACUGGGAGCGGGUGUUCCGGGUCAUGUUGGCCACGACGACCACCACCACCACCACCACGCCGAUGCAUCUCUUUCAGAACGUCGUGUACGAAGUCAAGGUUCGCGGAAACGAACUCACGACCGACAGUGUCGGCCACUUGCUGACCCUCACGACCCUUCAUCGCGUCGAAAUCCACCAUCUCGUCGAAUCAUCUUCAUUUUGGACACACGCGAGUUCCCUCGUCCAGCACAGCUCGACCCUGCGCGAGUUGUGCAUCCUCCACAGCAAACUCUCGUCUCUCCAGCCGCUUCUCGCCGCUUUGCGCGCCAGGAAACAUCCCAUUCUGUCCAUGCUCGAGUUUGUGUCUGUCACUUUGCGGGGGUCGGCAUUCACGGACCUCGUGACUCUCGUCGGCGCCCAUGUCGUGCGCGGCAUGCGCCUGACCAACUCGAUCCCGGAGGACGCCGCGUCCAUCUUCGUGCCGGCGGUCACCUCCCUCGACACAGUGCUCGUCCAGCACCACGACUUGAACGACUUGGAUAUGCCGCCUUUCUGCCGCACAACUCGCCUUUCUCUCGGCAGCAACGCCCUCUCCAGCGUGUCCUUUCUCUCUCGAUGCGUGCAUCUCGUGGAGUUGGAUGUGUCCCACAACGACUUGGGCGAUGCCGGCAUCUCCACCUUGGCAACCUCGUGCUUACCGCAAAUGCCAAAACUGACCAAGUUGUUUGUGUUCAACUGCCACUUCUCCGCCGCGGGCGCCGCCGCCCUCUUCACGUCCGUCGCAUCACCCGCUUCCUCCAUCCAAGUGCUCAAUGCAGGCCGCAACUACCUUGGUCCCGCCGCCCAACUCGCCGUCCUCGCGCCCUUCCUCUCUUCCCCGUCCUCAGUUACAUCUCUCCACCUCAACUACAUUGGUCUCGGCAGCGCCAUCUCGCCCACUUUUUGUAUGGCACUCCAAUCGUUUAGUCAACUCACUCAGCUAUCAUUGGGCGAGAACCGCCUGCGAGACCAAGGCGCCGCUUCCAUAUUCGCCUCUCUGCCGUUUCCUAUGCAAGCUUUGGACCUGAGCGGAAACCUCGUCACACGACAAGGACUUAGUGACAUUGCCAACCAUAUCACGUCGUCCACAUGCAGCUCUCCGCGCCGCCGCUGCGCCAAGUCCGGGGAAGUAGAAAGACACAAGUGUUGGAUCGAAGAAGUGAACCUCCGCAGCAAUCAAUUCGAUGCGGCCGAUAUGCGCGACACCCUCGCAAAGCUCCACAUGGCACUGCCCACCGUGUACGCGAACGAAUGGCGGCACAACACACACGACUACCAAUGUUGA